CAGCAAAGGUUUUAUAUGAAUGCUACUUUCACAAUGUUGUGCGGCAUGAUCUAGUGAACCUACCAAUCAUGGUGAGGUGUAUGGCUUUCAACGGUGUGACAUCAACCAGGCUUGAUGCAAGCAGAGAAACAUUUUUUCAUUGAAAGUGACAGCAGUGUUGCCACGACGAGUUUUAUUUGUAAUUUUGCACAUAACUUGUUUACACCAGCUUAGAAAGAGAUAUUUUCCUUUAGGGUUGUCCCAUUAGGGAUUGCCACAGCGCAUCCAAAAACUUUUUUUUAAUGAAGGAAUGAAUGAAAAACAUGCAGUGUCACCUGGCAGCCUCUUGGUGUCGCGGUACUCGCCAUUCAACCUACGCUCACAACGUGAAUGCGAUCUGACGUCACAUCCGUAAACACGGAAUUAGCUUUAGCAAUGUGGCGGGCAGCCGUCUUUGUUCCCGUUCUUUCGUUUUUGUUUUAUUUAAUCACGUAAAUCGAGAUGUCUCAAGCGGUGUCCUCAUGCGUCCAAAACCCUACCGAUCCGCCGCUCGACAAUGAAAGAAGUUCCCCUGAAAGCAAAGCCGUCGUCAGGGAAACUACAGAUGUCCAACGUGUUUUAAAGGAGGUGGGAAUCACCAGCACCGCCUUCAUUGGUCCCGCCUGCCCUCCAGUGAAGAACCUUGACGACUCCCUGAGUGAGUUUUACAAAGAGCUCCAAGCCAUUGACGGGCAAGCUGAGAGUGAAACGGACGCUUUUGGCCAACCGGAAACGUCAUCAACAAGCGAACCUCCGGAAAACCCUCCCAAAGAUGAGGAUGCGCUUAAACCGUUAGAAAAACUUCCUCAGGCUGAUGACGUAAACAGACCUCCCAAAAAACACCACUUUUGGUCACACUGGUACAAAAACCAGCCAUAUUCCACGCCAAGGCCUGACAACUUAACUUCUCAGAAUCAUUUUCCGUAUUAUCCCCCGCCGAGCUCCCACGAGCCCCCAGAUCACAGACCCUUCCGCGGAUUCCGCCAGCCUCCUUUCCAAAAUCCGCCCCGUUUUCCUCCGCCUCGCUACGGGCGUCCCACCAGCGACGAGCACUAUCCGCCUCAAUUCCCACCGUUCGCCAGAUUCCCAGCGCCCCCUCAUCACAACCAUCACAGCAGGACUUAUGAUGAUGAUGAUGAUGAUGGUCGUGGCGGUUAUGAUGAUGGUUGGUCCUGGGACGCGCCGCCAUUUCAUUUUAACGAAGACGAAUCCCAGCGAGAGCUUUGCCACGGACACUUUGAGGAAUCUCCACCUUUGGUGCUCAUCCUCAUGAGAGGACUACCGGGCUCGGGCAAAACCACAAUGGCGAGGGAGUUGUUGAUGUCCGGUCCCAGCGGCCUCAUCCUCAGCACAGACGACUACUUUGCCCAGAAUUGCGGAUACCGCUACGAUCCGGGCCUUCUCGGGGAGGCGCACAAGUGGAACCACAGAAGAGCUAGCGACGCCAUGCGCGACUGCCGCUCUCCGGUCAUCAUCGACAACACCAACCUGCAGGCCUGGGAGAUGAAGCCUUACGUCCAAAUGGCGCUAUACAGGGGAUACCGAGUGGACUUUUGUGAACCGAACACCAGCUGGAAGUAUGAUCCCUGCGAACUGGAGAAGAGGAACAAGCACGGCGUGCCUCAGGAGAAGAUCGCGCAGAUGCUGGACCGCUUUUCGUACCCCAUCUCGGUGGACGCGGUGUUGAGUUCGCAGGAGCCGCAACACGUUCAGCAGCGGUGCCAAACUGAGGCAAGGGAAGACGGGGCCUUCAUCAAAUACUAAAACCAGGAUUUCACUGAAAACUGUGUUUUUUUUUUUUUUUUUAAAGACACUCAUUUCCUUUUUAAAACAAGUGUUUUUGUACAGAUUUUUUAAAUCGAAGUUAUUUUUAUGAAAUUAAUUGUCUUGUAUUUGUUCAAAACAACCUGACUCUAGCUCGAUUUUUUUUCAAUGAAAAAAAGAUUAAAGUCAGUCACUUUGUUGUCACUGUU